GUUGACGAGUGCAGUACUCAAAUGAGCUAAGCUUCUUGUUCUUUCUUCACUAAUUCACAGAUGUGCAUAUAUGUAUACCUGCAUCACUUUAUCUCUCUCCAUCUGAUUUUCUCAAACAGAAAUCGUGUUCUGCGUAUAUCUGACGGGAUACAUAAUGUGGGAACAAUUCAAUGGGAUCUAGCCUUAUGCCUUUUAGUUACAUGGAUUGUUAUAUAUUUGUGCAUUUGCAAGGGUAUUAAAACAUCAGCAAAGGUUAUGUAUGUCACUGCCCCGUUACCUUAUGUGUUUAUGAUUACGCUACUGAUAAGAACUAUAAUCUUAGAAGGUGCUACAGAUGGUCUAAUCCACUAUCUGAAACCAGAUUGGUCAAGGUUAACAGAUAUGACAGUAUGGUCUGACGCUGGAACGCAAAUCUUUUUCAGUUACAGUAUCGGUUUAGGAGUGUUGACAGCUUUCGGGAGUUAUAACAAAUUACAUCAUAAUUCCUUGAAGGAUUGCACUUUAUUCGCACUGGCUAACACAUGUACAAGUCUCUUGUCUGGUUGUGUUAUCUUCUCAACCCUUGGAUAUAUGUCACACAUAUCAAAUAUCCCACUGAAUUUAAUCGCAGAAUCUGGUCCAGGUCUGGGGUUUGUUGUUUAUCCAAAAGCAAUCGGGACAAUGCCAGGAAGUCCAUUUUGGUCAAUAUGUUUCUUUUCGAUGAUUAUACUGCUUGGAAUCGACAGUAUGUUUGGUGGAGUAGAAGGUUUUGUAACCGCUGCGACGGAUUAUUUCCCCCAUGCGAUGGCGAAAACAUGGAUUCGUUGUCUAUUUGUCGGCUGUGUAUGCUUUGCAUCCUAUUUGGUUGGUUUAUCUAUGGUCACCAAUGGUGGAAUGUAUGUAUUCCAAUUGUUCGAUUAUUACACUGGAAGUCGCAUCAUCUUGAUUGUAGGACUAUUGGAAUCUACAGCAAUUGGAUAUAUCUACGGUUUCAAACGUAUUUCAGAAGACAUGAAAUUAAUGUAUGGUGUUUCCUUGAAAUGGUUGGCAUUCAUAUUUUGGUGCGUAUUAACCCCAAUAUUCACUCUUAUUCUCUUCAUUAUCAGUGUCAUCGUCUAUCAAGAAUUGACAUAUAUGCAGGCGUCAUCCAGUCAUGUCUAUCGUUUUCCUAACUGGUCAGUGAAAUUGGGUUGGUUUAUGGCAAGUUUCAGUAUAUUUCUUAUACCAUGUGUAAUGAUAAUCAAAAUUAUCAGAACACCUGGAAAACUUCUACAGCGAAUCAAAACGUUGUGUAUUCCAGCUUUAGAAAAUCCUGAUAUAAGUGGAGAUAUUUCAAAAUUUAAUGCAAUCACUGAAACAGGAAUUUUAUAUCAUUCAAAUGACGUGAUGCACCAUACUACGUCACCAACCUCCACGACGAUGCAAUCCUCCCCAAACUUAUCUGAUGUAUAGUGUUAUAUUAAACAGGAACAUAUGAACAUGUUUUUUAUGUAACAUUUUAUGUUAUGAAAUUAAAAAUGUCAAAUAUGUUUUUAAGAGUUCUUACUGAGUUGCAAAUAUAUUUCGUCUAUAU